AUGCGGCCACCUAGUGGGAAGUCACUAAGUGGUGAUAAUAAAUCAGAACAUUCUAGUAAUAGGGAAGAUCUAAAAUUACAGUUGGAACAGAUUCAAAGACAAUUCGAUGAAAGUAAUGAGGCGGAAGGCAGUGACAGACAGGUGAGGAAGAAACUGCUGCCAUUUUCUGGGAUGCUGAGCCGGAGGGAAGGCAGGUCGUCAAUUCCUUCGUUUGCGGGGAGUAAUACUCAUAACGGGGUGUUGAAGGCGAAUUCUAGCAGUGAUAUGAACUUUGUGGUGGAUUUAAGUGAGAAUUUGUUGCUGGAGUGCAGGAAGUUGCAAGCGGAGAAUGAUAAGAAGUCGUCGAGGUUGAAGACAUUAGAGCAAGAUUAUGAGAAUUUACAGUCUAAUUUCAGUCAAAUAAAUCAGCGGUACCAGAGUGUAUCGAAAGAGGGUGAAAAUUUGAAGGAUAUAAAUUGGGAGCUCGAGAUGAAGUUGCAGACGUUAUCACAGGAGUUCAAGGAAUUAUCGGAAUCCUUUAAUAAGAGUAAGAAAGAGUUACAAAAACAGGUCAAUUUGUCAACAGAGAUCAAAACGGAAUUAGAAGAAAUGUCAUUACAGAAGCUGGGUCUGCAGGGAGAAUUAGACUUGAAGCAGGCGAAAUAUUUAUCUGAAAUUGCAGCAUUAAAAGACCAUGUGAAAGAGUUAAACGAGGAAAAUGAUCAGCUAAAUUCGAAAGUUGAGUUAUUGAUGGCAAAAGUGGAAUCAUUGGCUGAUGAAGUUGAAAAGGGCCAAGAUAUCAUCAAGAAACAAUCCUUUAUGAGCGUUGGGUCUGCAGAGACAUUCAAUGGCGAUUUGGAUGAUCAAAACCGGCGACUUGUGGCUCAGACGUCUCCAAUAAGAGCUAUUGCUUUACAAGCAGAACAAGGGUUAGAAUACCAAACCUUAAAGGCCAAUCUAACGCAUGCCACUCAAACUAUCUCAAAGUUGAGACAGCAGAUUAUCCGUAUGAAGACAGACAAAUCGUAUGACAGAUCAAGCGAUUCUCCUAGAACUACGAGGCCCGCGCUGAGGAUCCCAAAGUCGAAGCGUAAACCUCUGGUUUUUUCAGAUGUCUCACCAACGCAAGAAUUUAAUAGAAAAGCCAAACGUUCUUCUUAUCCUAUACAUGAAGAUGUUGAAUUUUUAGGUGGCGAUGGUAAUAAUGAUGAAGACAGGUUCGAGGACAACGAACUAUCAGAUGGCAUCGAUAGAAGCGAUUCUCUUCUGGAACUCGAAUUCGGCGUAGAUAAUGCAGAUGUAACUAGUAUUGGUUCUGAUACUAUGUCUAGGAAUCCUUUGGCGAAUUCUCUGCUGGAUAGUGAUGAAGAGGAGCUUGAAUUAAGUUUGGAUUAUUCUGAUAUUGAAGCAUACGCUAAAAAGCAUCAUUUAGUCCUUUUAUCUGAGGAUGAUUAUAAAGGAUUAAAAAAUACACAGUCUCCAGUUGAAGCUGGUUUUCCUUUUGAUGGUAAACUAAUAAAUCAAAAUCCAACCAUGAUAUCUCAACUAGAAACCAGUGGUUAUAAACUUGUUUCAUUAUCAGAAUACAAUGAAAUGCAUAAUAAAGCAAAUUCAAUGGAUGAUCCGCCACUUAGUUAUUUGAAUAGCAAGGCCACAGAUCACGGUAAGAUUAUAAUAGGCACUGAAGAAUAUGAAUCAUUGAUAAAUCCACCAAUUACUGACCUUAUUGCAAAAGCUGAAUCUCAGGGAUUUGACGUAUUAUCAAAAGCAGCCCAUGAGCAGAUGUUAACUAGUAUGGCUACGCCAUCAUUAGAUUAUUUAACGACAAAAUUGGAAGAAAAUGGCCUAAAGGCUAUUUCAUCUGACGAUUACCGAUCGUUUAAAAAUCCUUCUUAUGACUACUUGGAAUCAAAAGCCAAAUUAUUAGGAAAGUCCAUUAUUGAUGUAAAGGAAUUGGACGCAUUGAGAAGAAUUUCGACAGAACCAUCUAUGGACUUCAUAACUAAUGCAGCAGCAAGAAUUGAGCAUGCUGUCAUUCCUACUGGUGAGUUUGAGAUGUUGACGGAAAGAGUUUAUAACCCUUCUUUCGAACAGCUAACCAGCCAAGCACAAAGCUUGAAACACACUGUGAUUUCAAACGAUACAUAUGAAAGACUCCUUAAACCUUCAAAGGAGGAUAUUCGUAAACUCGUGAAUGCAAAUGAUUGUGUUAUGAUUUCGAAUGAUGAGUAUUAUGUCCUACUAAAUCCCGACGUUGAUUUUCUUUCCGCAAAGGCUAAACAAUUGAAUCAUGUUCUUCUUCCAGAGGAAACUCAUGAAAGAUUGGCCAAACCUUCCAAAUCUACAAUAGAAGAAUAUGCAAAAUCCUAUAACCACGUACUAUUGUCACAAGGGGAAUAUGAUCAGCUUUUAUCCCCAACGCGUGAGAAUAUUACUAAAAGAGCAUUUGAACUUGACCUUGUGCUUUUAACGUCUGAAGAACAUGAAUCCCUAAAAUCUCCAACUUUGGAUGAGUUAAAAUCAAGAUUAAGUACUGUAGCUUAUACUGCUUUGCCAAUCGAAGAAUUGGGGAAUAUGAAGAACCAGCUCGCAAAUCCUUCAAUAGAUUACCUAAAAACCAAAGCAGCAGAAGUUAAGCACGUGCUAUCACCAAGAGACGAAUAUGAAGUAAUGCAAAGGAAUUCUACGAAUCCACCUAUCGAAAUGCUCCGUAAGUAUAUGGAGCAGCAUAAUAGCGAUGAUUUAUUAUCCUGGUUAGCAGAAAAGUCCCACUGGCAUUUGCUGAAGGAAACGGAAUAUAAAAAUCUUAUCAAUAUGGCAGAAUCACCAACAUUGAGCUUCUUGAAGGAUAAAGCAAAAGCCAUGGGUCAUAUUGUUGUUGGAAAUGAUAAAUACGAUAAAAUGGUUACAAUGCUAAAUAAGCCAACAGUUGAUUAUUUGAAGGUCAAAUCGAAGGAACAUGGUAUGGAAGUUAUAGAUAUAAAAAGACGUGAUGUUCUAGAACAGACCUAUGAAAAUCCUUCAACAGAUUUCAUUACAACUCAUUCUAGCAAGAAGGGUUUCGAAUUGAUAAAGUGUGAAAUACUUCUACAGCUAAAGAAAAAGAUAGAGGAUCCUUCCAUCGAGUAUUUGAAAGCAAAAUCUGCAGCAAUUAACUAUCACUUAAUCCCCAAUCAUGAUUUUGAAAAAUUAGUUAAUUUGGCUAAAACUCCAUCUUUAGAGCAUAUUGUUUGCAAGGCAGCAGAUCAUAAUUACGAAGUGGUUAAGAAAGAGGAGUACCGUGCUCUUCUAAAGAAGGUCAAUGAGCCAUCAAUUUCUUAUUUGACAGAGCACGCUAGUGCUCUUUCCUAUGUGUUACUAACGUCUACUGAGCACAAGAGAUUAAAGAGUAUUUUUGAUACACCACCAAUUACUUACUUGACUGAUAAAGCUGCGUCCUAUAAUAGCUCCAUAAUAUCAAAUGACGAUUUAGCUGCUUUGAAAGUUCAGGCUAAUGAACCCUCUUUAGAUCUUUUAAUGCAGAAAGCGAAGCUGUAUAAACAUCUCGUGAUCCCUAUAUCAGAUCAUCAAGAUCUAUUUAAGAAGGCCAAUCAUCCUACACUAGUUCAUUUAUCGAAGAAAGCUGAAGAUCUUGGAUAUUUAGUUAUAUCCUCGGCUGAUCAUCAAGAAUUAGUGGACAAGUGCGGAAGACCUACAUUAGAGUACCUAACUGAGAAGGCAGACGAACGAGGGCAUGUGGUUAUAUCCAGCGAGAAAUACGAAGAUUUACGCAAAAAGGUACAUGAACCUACUCUAGCAGACCUCGUAUCCAAAGCUGAGAGGUUAGGCCACGUUGUAGUUGGUUCUGAUGAAUACGCUCUGUUGUUAAGCAGUGUUGAAGAACCAAAACUUGAAUAUUUGAAAGCCAAAUCUGAAUCUCAUAAUCAUAUUUGUGUUCCUUCCGACGAAUACAGGCUUCUCAAGAAGACUUAUGAACAACCCAGCAUGAAUUACUUAAGCGCUAAGGCUAAGGAUAAUAAUUCGAUUAUCUUGAAUACGGGAAUACACAGUGAAAUGGUUAAGAAUAUCAAAGCACCCUCGUUGUCAUAUUUGAGAUCUAAGGCCCUUGACUUAGGAUGUGUUGUCGUUUCUGAGAAAGAAUUCAACAAUAUAAAAGAACUGGCUGCGGAGCAUACUGUUUUGCUGAAUAAACUUGAAAAUCCUUCUUUUGAGUAUUUAAAGCAGAAGGCUGUAGGUUAUGAACUAGUUCCAUCGGAAAAAUUUACUGAAUUCGAAUCUGUCUUUAGAGACCCUAAUUUGGAUUUCUUAAAGACUAAGUCCAAGUUGAAGGGCUUCGAACUAUUAGCAACUACUGAAUAUAAAGAGUUGCUGAGAAGAGCAAUGGAUCCAACAAUGGAGGAGAUUUCAAAGCAACUAAAGAAAACAGGAAGUGUUAUUUUAUCAGAAGAUAUAUAUGUCAAAAUGCAAAGGAGUUACGAAUCCCCUAGUGAAAAUUACUUGGCCCAGAAGGCAAGGGAGAAAGGUUUUAUUCUCGUAAACAAAAAAGAAUAUGAUGAUACUGUGAAGAAAGCGACUGAAAAAGGUUCGAUUCUUGCAUCUGUGCAGAGCUUUGGGUUGGUCCCAAUUCCUGUUGGCGAGCUUAACCUUUUGAAGAGUUCAACUAUUGAAAAGGCUGAGUUAUCUGCUGUUCAAAAAAGACUAACACAACUUGGCUUUAUGUCGGUGUCUAAAUCGGAGUACGAGGAUUUGAGGCGAUCGCCCCUAGAGAAAAUUGACAAAUCAAGUAUUUAUGAAUUAUGUGAAAGAUAUAAUUUGAAACCAAUAUCAAUCCCGGAAUAUGAAAAGCUGAAAGCCGAUUCUAAACCAAUAGUCUAUUCUGAGGAUGAAUUAAUACAGAUGGUUAAAUCACACGGAAAUGUUGUUACUCCUGAAGCUUUGUUUUCAAAGUUGAAGACCAUGGCUGAAAAUCCUUCAUUAGAACUUUUAUCCAAGCAUGCUUCUGCUCGCAAGAUGGUGUUAAUCAACGAGGCUGAUCACAAAGCUAUGGUUACUGAACUCGCAUCCCCUUCAGUAAAUACUUUAAGUGAAAAGGCUGGCAAUCUUGGUUUUAAGCUUUUGAAAAUCGACGAAUAUGAUAAGAUGUUGAAGAUCUCUAAAUCUCCUACUAAAGAAUUUAUUAUUCAAAAGGCUUUACAACUAGGUUAUGUGGUUAAAUCGUCUGAAGAAUACAAUGAAUUGAAUCAGCUAGCUACUAAACCAUCUAUGUCUCAAUUGACUGAGAUGACUAACGCUCGUGGCAUGCGCCUAAUUGAUCAUCGCAAAUUCGAAGAGCUUCUAAGAAAGUCAGAAUUUCCAACUUUAGAGGAGCUAAGUGAAAAGGCCUCGUCAUUAAAAAUGUCUUUGAUACUGUCUGAUGAGUACCGAGGCUUGGUUAAGAAAGUAAAUGAGCCCGAUCUAUCCUUCAUUGAAUCAGCAGCUGCUAAAUUAGGAUACUCUUUGGCAACUAACUCAGAACUUGAUUCCCUAAAAGAGCAUCUUUCUUCACCAUCUUUGGAUUUUAUUACUGAGCAUGCCGAAAAACGAGGUUUUGCUGUUCUUUCAAACUCCGAUUUGAGAAGCUUAAAAUCCUCAAUUUCGAGACCAACUGAGUCCUUUAUUACGGAAAAAGCUAGUUUGUAUAAUAAGGUGGUGGUGGAUAAGAAUUUGUACGAGGAAAAUUUGAAAAAGUUGACGUUCCCUGAUGCUGAUUCGUUAUCGGAGUUAGCCAGCAAAAUUGAUUACGUUGUAUUGCCAAUUUUUGAACUUGAAGCACUCAAAAAGCAGAUCGCUUCACCAGACACUAACUACUUAGCUGAGAAAGCGGAUAUACUUGGCAAGGUGCUUCUUAAGAAGGAAGACCACGAAGCAACUCAGCACCAAUUACAGCACCCAUCCAUUGAGUGGUUAUCCGGGCUGGCAAGAAAAGUUUCACUUAUUUUGAUUUCAGAAACAGAUAUGGAGGACUUGCAUAAUCAACUAAAUACCCCGAGCGAGCAAUAUUUACGCGAAAAAGCAUUAGAUCGUGGUCUCGUGGUUGUAUCAAAGAAGGAUUAUGACCAAUUACUAAUUACUUCCAAGACUCCAACGCUUGAAUUCUUAGUCGAACAUGCCAAAACAUUUAAGCGACGUCUAGUUCCACAACCAGAACUUGAAAAAUUAUUUAACUUGGUCAAUGCACCUUCAGUAGAGCAUUUGGGUGAAAAAGCAAAUGCCCUUGGAUACAACAUCAUUGAAAAAGCUACCCACGAAGAAUUGGUACAACAUAUGCAAUACCCCAAAUUGGAGUUUUUGAUUUCAGAAGCAGAUAAGCAAUGUUAUGCCCUAGUUAAAAAACCUAUCCUCCAAGAGUUAAAAGAUUGCAAAGAAUCUCCAUCUUUGGAUUUCUUAUCCGAAAAGGCUAAUAAUCUAGGCCACAUUCUUCUAGAUAAAGCCGAAUACGACUCUUUGGUUACUACAAUUAAAACACCUUCUUUGGAGCACUUGACGGAAAAGUCGGCGGCAUUAAGGAAAGUUAUAAUUGAUAUAGAAGUGUUUGCGAAGAUUAAGAAUGAGCUCGAAUCGCCUGAUAUGAAUUAUUUGACUGAGAAAGCUAAUCAAUUAGGCUAUGCCUUGAUUGAUCGUGCGGAGUAUAAAAUACUAGUACAGACUUCUCAAAUGCCUUCAAUAGACUUCUUAAAUGAACAUGCGAAUAAAAAUUCACACGUUCUAAUACCUGAUACGGACUAUAAGAAAAUGACCAGUCAAAUCGAUGAUCCGACUUUAGAAUACUUAACUGAAAAGGCUCAGAAGAAGCAGCAUACUAUAUUAUCCUGUGAAGAAUUUAAGAGUAUUCAAGAUUCAUUAGAGUCUCCGUCUGAAGAAUAUUUACACGACAAGGCUGUGAAAUUUUCAAAAGUCGUCAUUGACAAAAAAGAAUACGAAAAGAGCUUAGCAAUUAUUGUAACACCUUCUCUCGAAUUCUUGCAAGAACAUGCUGAGAACAUAGAUAGGAUUUUGGUCGAGAAAGAGGUAUGGGCUGACCUGAACAAAGUAAACUCUGACCCAUCAGAGGAGUUUUUGUUAAAACAUGCUGAAUUGAAAGGGAAAGCAUUGAUUAGCGUAGGAGACUUACAGAAGCUACGUGAAUCUGUAGAUCAUCCAUCAUGGCAGAAAGUAAAAGUAGCUGCACAGGAGCAGAACUAUGUCCUAAUUAGUUCAGAUCAAUAUCAGAAGUUGAAAGAUACUGUCUCCAAUCCAUCCAUUGAUUUCAUUAAACAAAAGUUAUCUAAUUCUGCUUUCAUGUUGUUAGAGAAACUGGAAUAUGAAGAUUUAGUAGAGCAAGUUAAGAAUCCUAGUUUGGACUCUAUAACCAUUUUAGCUGAAAAACAUGGAUACUUGCUUAUUGAACGCAAAAAGUUGGAUUCUUUAAAACACCCCUCAUUAGAUUCUUUACAGUCGAUGAUAACCUGGCAUGAUCAUGUGAUGGUUCCAAGAAACACCUACAAAUCAUUAGUUGAAUCAAGCGUCGAAAAUAUCUCUAAUGAUGGAAUUUUCCAAUUAUGUAAUAAGUUUGGCUUAAAACCUGUUCCAAUCAAUCAAUAUCAGAAACUCGUUUCUCCAGAUGAAGAAAAAGUAUCAGAGUAUGCAUCCAACUUUGGUUUGAUUACUGUUGCAAGAGAAGAGUUUGAUCUGAUGAAAGUCAAAGCCGAGCAUCCUGACAGAGAUACAAUCGGUAAGUCUGCGGAAUCAAUAGGAUUAAAGAUCUUAACAAUCAGUGAGUAUUCGGUCUUGUUAUCCAAAGCUGAUAAGGUUGACCAUUUUACCAAGGCUGAUGUAGAAAGUAUGGCUGAUUCGCUAGGUCUAGUUACUCUUCCAAUAACCAGAUACAAUGCACUUGUGGAAGAUGCUGAUGAAUAUUCAAGCUCGAAUAGUCCAACCCAUAAAUCCAAAGUUUUGGCAGGUAAAGAGUACUUCGAACACGUAAUUCGUAAACAGAAAAAACUCUCAAGUAGGGAUAAAGUGUUUGAAUCCGCAAAAUCAUUAGGAUUUGUCACUUUGUCUUCCCAGGAAUACAAAGAGUUGGUGAAAAAACAAAAAGAGCAUGUCAUCUCAAAAACUGAUGUUUAUACUGGUGCCCGUAUGUUUGAUUUGACAGUUUUACCAAGCGAGGAAUAUAAAGCUUUAUUAAAGAAGGCUGCUGCAAAAGAAAAUUUAACGUACGAAGAUUUGCAAAUGCUUGCUUCUAAGCUUGAAAUGAAAUUAGUCCCCAUCAACUUCCAACAGCGACCCCCUCUGUCGAAAUUUUACUCUAAACAAAAGCCGUCAGAACAAAUUGCCGAAAAGAGCGAAGUCAAAGCCAGUGACGCGUCUGACACAAAAAUCAACAUAGCCUCGAGCGCCAUUGAAUAUUUUAAUGAAUUCGAGAUAUCUUCUGGCGUGAAAUCAAAUGUCCGGAAUAGUAUUAUUUCAUCAUCUUCGGAAUAUACAGAUGCUCUGGAUGAACAGUACGAAGACGUGAAUGAUAUGGAAUCUAUUGCAUCUACUAUUCGUAUGGACUCAGUUCCCUCUUCUUUGAAUUCCUUAAAAGCGCAGGCCAAAGCUCUUGGUUACUUACUUGUGCCAGAAGAUGGCGACAAUAUGAGUAAACAGGAGGCUUCGAUUCAUCACGUCGAGGCGGAAUCGGCUGAUCCUAAAAUGACAGAUGUUCCGCAGCUAUUAGAAGACAAUGGCUCGGGCGAAAGUGAUUCUGACAGUUUUGUAAGUACUUGGGAUGAACGAACGCUUUCUGAAAGGGCCAAGAAAAUCGGAAUGACUGUACUAACGAUCGAGAGGUUCCAUGAAUUCGAAAAGCUAACAAAAGAUUUAGCUUCUAAGGACGUAUUGAUAGAGCGAGCUUCAAAGUUGGGAUUACUAUUGAUUAGUUCAGAGGAGCUAGAUAACUUAAACCAAAGAAUAGCUAAUUCCAUAGGCUUGGAUGAAAUUGACAAUUACUUGCAGUCCAAGAAGCUGAGAACUAUUGAUUUAGAAAAAUUGUCUAUCAUGGAGAAUCAAUCUAGGAUUUUAGAAACCAGCAUACUUUUGAGCAAGGAAUCAAUUUUGGAGCAUGCCGGUGAGUAUGGAUUAAUAGCUGUUCCAAAAUCAGACUAUCUUCGUAUUACACAGCAGUUGGACAAUGAUAAAUUAACUGCAAAUAACAUAAAAGAGAAAGUUGAACCGUUAGGAUACGUGGCUAUUAAAAAGGUUGCUUAUCAGAAGAUGCUCGAAGAUGUAAAUAAGGUUGAUGACUCCAAACUAGAGAACUACGCUAAUGAAACAGGUAAGAUAAUUCUUGGAAAAGCUGAGUAUCAUGAUUUGAAGAUCAAGGCCAUACCUGUUUGCCCUCCCUCCUCUAUUGUGACUAAGGAAAUGAUCAUGGACAAGGCUAAGGAAUUUGAUAUGGUCGUAUUACCAACCACAGAAUAUAAUAAGUUAAAAGCGCCGAUUUCAGAUGAUGACAUGACUACAAAAGCGAAGGAGCGUGGUAAAGUGGUGAUCGAAAAAGGUGAAUAUGACCAUCUGCUAGAUAUUGAAGAGCAAUAUAAUGACAAUAUUUUAACCAAGGACGAUAUAAUUGAUAAAGCCCGCGAGUAUGAGUUGGUUGUACUAGAUACCGACCGCUUUGAAAAAAUCAAAGAACAACUUGCUUCUAGAGCAGAUAUUUUGACCGCAUCAGAUGUGAUUUCUAGGGCAGCAGAAUUCGGAUUGGUCCCGAUCCAAAGAGACCAAUUUGAACAAAUAAAACUGGAACUGGAGCAUCCAAAGUUCACGAGGGAAAUGAUUGUUGAACAGGCCGUCAAUUUUGACUUGAUUGCAAUUGAAACCAACGAAUAUAAUAGGUUGAAGAAGCUGCCUCACUUUUCAUUUGAUGGUGUAUUCGACUCACCGAAUAAUAUCGAAGACGACCUUGAUGAACUUUCAGAUAACGAAUUUACAGAUAGUGAGAUCAAACAACUCAAUAAGACUGCAAAGCGUUUUGGAUUACUAUGUAUCCCAGAGGCUGCAUUUGUUGCUACUUCUUUUGCAAGUAUACCUGAUGUCGAUAACGUUGUUAUCUUACCAAUAUCCUACUAUAAUAAGCUACUUGCCAAAGAAGUCGAAAAUGUCGCACAAGUUACUGACUGGGAAUUACAAUCAGAGGCUAGAAAACGUGGGUUUAAUAUUAGUUUAGGCUUGAAGAAAGAUCCAGAUGUGAUUUCUCCUGGGCUGCUGUGUCCUCCAAAGAUAUCACGAUUCCCAACAAACAGAUCGGUGGUUUCUGCUGACUCAAAGACUACCAUUAGGAGAAACUACGCUGAGGCCGCUGCUUUGGCUGUACAAGGGUACAGUGAAUCACAAUCGAGAGCAGGUUCGAAGAUGCCGUCCAGUGCUUCCUCAGUGGGUAAAAAUGCAACUACUGCUACUGUCGAACAAGGAGCUAGCAAUCCCUCCAAUACAGCAAACCUGAGUGCAGGAAACUUAGUGAUAAGUCGUCGCAAUUCCAUUGAUAUGGGCGUUUCGUUGCUUACCGUAGCCUCUUUGAGUGAACCAAGCAUCAUUCCAGCAUUGACUCAAACAGUCAUUGGUGAAUAUUUAUACAAAUAUUACCGUCGUUUAGGGCGUCUCAGUUCUCAAUUCAGCGGUGCUCGUCACGAAAGAUAUUUCUGGGUCCAUCCAUACACUUUAACUUUAUACUGGUCCACCUCCAACCCUGUUCUAGACAACCCUGGUAACACGAGAACAAGAGCAGCAGCUAUACUGUCUGUGGAAAGCAUAGAUGAUCCUAACCCCUUCCCUGCCGGAUUGUACCACAAGAGUCUUGUCGUGAAGACUGAGGCUCGUGACAUCAAGUUUACCUGCCCAACACGACAAAGGCAUAACAUCUGGUUCAACACUCUACGCUAUCUAUUGCAAAGAAACAUGAACGGUAUUAAUUUAGAUGAUAACCAUAUUUCAGCGGGUAGGAUUACCAACCUACCAGGUGAGGAUCCUAGAGAGGCUACCAGUCGUCUAUUCUCGACAAGACAAUCUGGUGGUAUUAACAAGUACCUGAGAAGGUCUGACUCUAUGUUUUCUUUAAGAUGA